AUGGACUGUAUCUCGGGUCAACAAUUGAGUAGCUCGGUAACUCAUGACAUUACGCUUGCCUCUUCCGCACCUUCAGAUCAACACUUGUCUCCCGAUGCUCUUCUCUGGUGGAAUGCCACAAGUGCAACGCUAUGGAAUUUGCUCGUGUCGGGAAAUUACGACUUGCGCCAGCAGACUUCAGCCAUGAUGUUCUACCACACAUACGUCGUUCCCAACCUCGGUCCAUUUCCAAUGGAGGCAAACCAGCCCCCUCGAUGGAAAAGCUACAUGACAGAUGAUUUUAGUCCCAUUGAAUUUAGCUGGAACUGGAGAAAUGCACAGGGAGAUGUUGAUAGAAGAGUGCGCUUUAGUAUUGAAGCUAUUAACAAGCAAUCUGGCACAAUUACGGACCCAUGGAAUCAGAAAGCUACUAUUGAUCUUGUUAACCGCCUUGAAGUGGAUGUACCGGAGAUUGACGUACAAUGGUUCUACCGUCUUCUUAAGGAUUUUACUCCCUCAAAAGACGUUCUUUCUGAAGAUUUUAUAUCACGUUUCGAUCUGCAACAACCCCUUUCAAGUUUAUUCGUGGCAUUUGAAAUGAGAGAUAAGAUGCCCGUUGUCAAGCUGUACAUGAUGCCGUUUGCAAGAGCAAUGGAAACAUCUCAAACUGAAUCUGCUGUUAUUCUUGAGUCUCUAGCCAACUUCGCUCAGGAAUUGGAAUGGUCAUCCCUCCAAGGCUUGGUUCGAGCUUUAGAUCUGAAGAGCAAGUCACUCGGACUUGACCCAUUCAUGAUUGCUUUCGAUUGCGUUUCGCCCCAAAAGUCACGCAUGAAGAUAUAUGCUAGGUGUCCAGAUAUAAGACUGGCAAGCGUCAUGGAGAUUAUGAGCAUCUUUGAGGAUAAGUCUAAAAUUGAAAAAGGGUUGAAAGAGCUUCGAAUGUUGUGGAACAUGGUUUUCAGUUGUGGUGAUCAGGGACAAGCUGGGCAUCUUCCCUACAAAUCGCAUAUUACUUCAGGAAUCCUCUAUUAUUUUGAAGUUCGUCCUGGUAGUUCCAAAGUAACCACAGAGGUUUAUCUCCCGGUGAAACAUUACGCAAAGGAUGAUCUUUCUGUUGCUAAAGGGCUGCAAACAUUUUUCAACAAACGCGGAGGUUCGCAAGACCAGAGUGCAAAGGAUUUCAUGGGUGUGCUGGAUCGAAUGUGCACUUACCGUCGUCUUGAAGCUGCCACUGGGCUGCAGACGUACAUUUCAGGCAAAAUUGAGAAUGACUCUUUGGAAAUUACCUCUUACUUGAGUCCCGAAAUAUACAAUGAAGGGCGUUGGUCGCACGGAAAGCCUACCAUAUAG